AUACUCAAAGACAACUAUACCCAGCAUCCCAUCCAUACCCAUAUUAGCAGCGAAACAAAACAAAAGACACCAAAGCUUCCCACACUAUAUUUUUCCUAAGCAUAGGUGGUGUGUUCUCAAGAAAUCAGAGAAGCUCUCUCCCUAAAUCUAGCCAUAUACUUAUGAUAUGGCUGUCUGCUUAAAAACAUCCAGAACCGCUUUGCACUACGUCAGGACAAGGCCUGGUCCUGCUUUUACUCAUCUUCUUAACAGGACCUUCUUCUCCUGUUCAUCACAUCACUGCAAUCCUCGUAUCAUCAGUACUAAUGAGUAUCGUGUGCAUUCAUCGUUUCUCGGCCUUGGUUCUCGAGCUUCUCAACAUUCCAAAGCUCUGAAAGUCGAAGAUCACGAUCACUCUGAAAACGAGGAAUGGGACUUUCCAGGCGGUAAAGUUCCAUUUACAACGAAGAUAAAAUUCACCGAUGAUUCUUCCAAAGACAGGAUACCUUGUUAUCGAAUUCUUGAUAAUUGCGGCCAACAAAUACGAUCGAGCACAUCAGAAAUGAUAAGCAAGGAACUCGCAGUGAAGUUAUACAGUAGCAUGGUUACACUGCAAAUGCUGGACACCAUCUUCAAUGAGGCACAGAGGCAAGGAAGAAUUUCAUUCUAUCUUACUUCAAAUGGAGAAGAAGCUAUUAACAUAGCAUCAGCUGCUGCACUGUCUAAUGAUGAUGUUAUCUUACCUCAAUACCGUGAACAUGGAGUGCUCUUAUGGCGUGGUUUCAGCCUACAAGAAUUUGCCAACCAAUUGUUUGGAAACAGAUCAGAUUACGGGAAGGGCAGGCAAAUGCCUAUUCAUUAUGGAUCUAACAAGCUCAACUACAUCACCGUCUCAUCGCCUUUAGCUACUCAGAUUCCACAGGCUGUUGGGGUUGCAUAUUCUCUUAAAAUGGAAAAACGGGAUGCAUGUGCUGUUACUUAUUUUGGGGAUGGGUCUUCCAGUGAGGGGGAUUUCCAUGCCGGUUUAAAUCUGGCAGCAGUUUUGGAGGCUCCAGUGAUCUUCUUUUGUAGGAACAAUGGUUGGGCCAUAAGUACUCCCGUCACAGAUCAGUUCCGGAGUGAUGGAAUUGCAGCCAAAGGCCAGGCUUAUGGUAUCCCAAGUAUACGAGUCGAUGGAAAUGACGUCCUUGCUGUUUAUGAUGCAGUACGUGAAGCUCGUGAAAUGGCUAUUAAGGAACAGCGACCCGUUUUAAUUGAGGCUCUCACAUACCGAGUAGGACACCACUCUACCUCUGAUGAUUCCACCAAGUACCGGGCCAUAGAAGAAAUCGAGCAAUGGAAAACAGCUCGAAAUCCUAUUUCUAGAUACAGAAAUUGGGUGGAAAGUAAUGGAUGGUGGAAUGAAGAACAGGAAUCUGAGCUCCGUGGAAGUAUUAGAAAACAGCUUAUGAAUGCAAUCCAAGUUGCAGAGCAGAUAGAGAAACCACUGCUUGCAGAUUUGUUCACUGAUGUAUACCAUGAAAUGCCCUCAAACCUCCAGGAGCAGGAGAGAUCACUAACAGAAACUAUGAAGAAACACCCGCAAGACUUCCCCUCUGGUUUUGCCGUAUGAAAUUCUAUAUAAAUUUUAUUAAACAUCAAGUAGAACUUGAAUCCAAUGUAAACGUACUCAAGGGUGGGACGUGAACAUUGUCAUAGAUUCUAAGUUCUAUACUGAGAAAUAUAAAGCUUUGUAUUAAUUCGAGUAUGGAUUCAAAAUGGGCAUUGUUCCUGAAGCUGAUCCAUAUCAUAAAUCCACAACAAAUAAUUUUAUAGACUUCACCGAUUAAAUCUGA